AUGCCUCUAGUUGCGGCGCAGAGCUUGCGCAGGCUGACCCAUCUGCCCGCCACAUGGGCCUACCCGGCUCACCUGGUCGCAGGACGGAGAGUUGGCGGGUACAAGUACAUCACGGUCCAGGCCACACCUGCAACGGACACCAGCACAAUUAAUACUGCCGGUAGAUCGGUGUCCGCUUCGUCUCCAGACGCCACGUUCGAGGUUAUUGGAAGUCCAAACUCGCUCUUGUCUGUCACUCUGUCUCCCUCUCAAGAUCUAUACGCGCGGCGGGGAACAUUGGUGGCCUUUGCUGGCGAUCCCAAUGGGACUGUAUCGACCCUCCGAAUCCUCAAUCCUGUCCGACGCGCGUUAGUCGGUAUCCCAUUCAUGUAUCAGAAAAUCACAUCAACUUCAUCCGUCAAUGCUCUAAUAUCGACCCGAUCACCCUUGACCACGUUUGCUAUCCUCCAACUAGACGGCACUACGGAUUGGAAGCUAGCCCAGAGAAAAGCUCUGUUGGCAUGGACUGGAAGCACGCUCUCCGUGAAGCCGAGCAUCAACGCGAGGUUCGCUCCGGCAUAUUGGGGAAGUUCCGAUGUGACGGGAAGAGGAUUGCUGGCUCUUGCGGGUCAAGGGCAGGUCUACUCAGUUGAGCUCGCGGCAGGGGAGACAUAUAUCGUCCAUCCGUCUCAUAUCCUGGCUUACACCGCUUCGUCGCCGUCACCCGCCCCGCAACCAUUUCGAUUCAAGUCGACAAACAUUCGAUUUCAGAUACCCCUUCAGCUGGGAAACUUCUUCCCAUCUUCCAAAUUUGUCGAAACGCUGAAAACGAGCAACACCUACAAAUUCGUCGCAAAUGCACUGUACAGCAUACGGACAUGGAGUCGGAGGACUAUCUGGGGAGACCGACUAUUUUUACAGUUUCAAGGGCCGGUCACCCUCUUGAUUCAAAGCAGGGCCGCAAGAGUCAACGAUGUUCUGACCAGUCAUGACGUGAAUGAGAUCGCCGAUACUCCGGCCGGUGCGGUGCAGGAGGCUAUCUCCCAUGUCCGCUCUGCAGGACCCGAGCUGUCCAAGCCAGGGGUUGCGGUGCCCUUGUCGACAUCAUCUUCGCAGCCGAGGUUGUCGACCGCAACCAUCAGUCGCGAUGGAAAGGUCUCGUUCAACCCGUCACAGAGCUCCGAGCCGGUUAAGCCUUAG